AUGAGUAAUACUAACGAAGAAAUUGUUUCAAAAACGACAGAAACCAAAAGUAUAAAGAUAUUGAGUUCAGGUAAAAUAAAGAAAUAUGUUCACACAGGAUUAAAAAAUGCGACAACGACAAAUCAAAAAGAUAUGAAAAGUAUUAGUAGUGUUGUAGUAGUGAUAUUUACAGCUAAAGGAUCAGCUAUUAAUAAAGCGAUUACAGUAGUUGAAAUAAUUAAGCGAGAAAUGAAUGGAUUAUUACAUCAAUAUACUCAAAUUGGAAGAAAUUUUCCUAAUGAAAAAAAAUCUGAAGAAUUAAAAAAAAAGGAUAUAGCAACUGAAGUAAUGGUAGACAACAAUGCUGAUAUUGUUGUUGAAAAAGAAAAUGAAGAACAAAACAGUGGUGAUGAAAAAAGCGUUAGAAUGGGAGAAUGUGAUAAUGAUGAUAAAAUAAUUUCAAGAUUUUCAACCUCUAAAAAAAAAAUGCCAGCACCUACAAUAACAAUUUAUCUUUCAACCAAAGCAAUUCCUAAACUAGAAGAAUCUUUUGGGUAA